AUGAAGGGAGUGAAGAUUAACUUGUGGACGAUAGUUUUGUUUCUGAUUCUUUGAAUUUCGCUAAACUGACUUCGUAUGAAGAGAUCAACUAAUGUAAAUCACCUUGAGAUAAGUGAUAUUAGCGAGAUAAGAAGUAGAGUUGAAAUAGGGGGUGAAUCAAUAGGAGGAACUUCUCAAAGCCAACUACCCUCUAGGCUUCAGCAAGUAGACAUGGAUGAUGACGAUGAUGAUGACUUCAUAGAUGCCAUGAAAGGAACUAUAAGUGUUUCCUGUAUCACAGUCUUUUUAAUUGUAAUUCUCGGUUUCAUGAUCUUUAAAGCAGCAGAAUGGGGUAAUAAAGCAUCAACAGAAAUAAAAUUUAGGCAAGAAGUUCUCAGAAAGGAGCUCAUCUUUAAUGCAAGAGAAUUCUUAGAUAGGAACGGUUUUGUAGAAAAAGGAUUAUCACCAUAUUACAAAAACUAAAAUGGUGUAAAUGAAUAUAAU